GUUCCAUUUAGAGAAUUACCUCAAAAUCCCACCUUUUUAGUUUCUUCCAACAUUAAUCCCAAGUAUGAAUAUUUCUAAAAUAAUCUAAUAUAUACAUGACAUCUUCUCAAAUUAAGCCCAUGACCGGAAGGAAAGGAUUCAUCAGGUCACUCGACAUUUGUUUUACUGUGAUUGGGCUUCACACAUUUUUAUUUUUCCAUUCUUUUUAUUUCUCUUCUCCUCUGCUCAGAAAUUUCUUUCGGUCAGACCUAUCUGUUCCUUCAUUUUUCUUGUAUUCUUCCUUCUUCUCUUUCAUCAGACCUUCUCUUCUGUCCAUUCUUCUUAAUUUCUUUUACAACUCUAGUCAUCCAGCUAAAGGGACGGAUGGGAGAAGAAUCAGAUGCCCUCCUUCGUCAUUAUUCCAUCGAGUACAUGAGGACCUCCAUUUGGUUAUUCCAUUAGAAGCAGAACCCAGAUACCCUCCGUCGCCAUAUUCGCCUACACCAGAUGCAGGAUGCUCCUUCGUCUCUCUUUUGACAAGAGAGAUGACUUGGAGCAGCGAAGGUGCCCACCGCCUCUUCCGCCGCCACCUUACUUUUAGCCGGCGAUUGGCCGGAAUUGAUUCGAUCAAGAGGGAGAUGAAAGUGCCAGCAACAACUUCCUUUUUCUGUGUGGAUUGAACUAUUCUUAUGGUCAAAGAUGAAUUGUGAAGAGGAAAAUAAACACUUCUUCAUGUCUUCUCCAUAGAUGAAGAGUAAAGAUGACGAUCCGAUGAGGAUGGAGUGGAUCCAGACGCAGACCAAUCUUUUCUCUUUUUCUCUUUUCUGAUUUGUUUUUUACCGGUUUAUAAAGUUUAGGUGAAUUGGAUCAAUGGUGGAAGACAACAUAUAAAUUUGAGAUUAUAUUAGAAUAACAUAUACUUCC